AUGCGGGCAGGGCCGGCAAGCGGCCGGGUCGCCGGGCGGGGCCGGCAAGCGGCGGAGCCGGCCGGGUGGCGGGUGGAGUCGGCCGUGCGGGCGCGAGCCAGCCAGCGUGGGAGGCCGCCGGGGACGCCGGACGGCGCCGAGUCGCGCGAAACCGGCACGCGGCCGGGUUGCGCGGAGCCGGCGGGCGCGGACACGGCAGUAGCCGGCGCAGGCAGAGCCGGCGGGCCGGGUCGAGGGGGGAGCCGGCGGUUGGUCGGGCCGGCCUGGGAAGCCGGCGGCCGGGUUGAGGGACGGGGCGGCCACCGGAGCCGGCGCAGGAGGUGGAGAGGCCGGCGUGAGGGUGGGCAGGUGGCGACCCGGCAGGGACCCGGAGACGGCCGGAGCCAGCAGGCGGAUGCAGGAGGUGCAGUCGGCGCGGCGCAGCCGGCGUCCGGCCCACUGCAGGCGGCGGCGCGGGAGCCGGCCGGGGCCAGCAUGCGGACGCAGGAGGAGCAGUCGGCAUGGCUCAGCCGGCAUCCGGCCUGCGGCAGGCGGCGACGCGGGAGCCGGCCGGGGCCAGCAGGCGGACGCAGGAGGAGCAGUCGGCGCGGCGCAGCCGGCAUCCGGCCCGCGGCAGGCGGCGACGCGGGAGCCGGCCGGGGCCAGGAGGCGGACGCCGGAGGAGCAGUCGGCGCGGCGCAGCCGGCAUCCGGCCCGCGGCAGGCGGCGUCGCGGGAGCCGGCGCGGGGCGGAAACGCUGAGCAGGCGGCGUCGCGGAAACUGGCGCGAGGCGGAGGCGCUGAGCAGGCGGAAUGGAGCGGAGCAGUGCAGCAGCAUUCAAGGAGGAGGAACCCUUGCUGGGCGGAGCGCUAG